AUGGUUGUCACACUGAUCCAAGAUACUCAUGGUGGGACACUACUUGGCCAGCUCGUCGGUGAUACCUCUGACGCCUCAUCAUUGGAGCUUACAGCAGCUAAGAAAGAUGUUGAUUUGUCGAAGUAUCAAUUGGAGCAGGUAGAGAGAAAUAAUUGUGAACUAGCCAAGGAGCUCGGCUUCUCUGAGAAGACCCGUCGGGAAGCCCAGGAGAUAAUUAAUCAUCGAGAUGAUGAGUUAAAGAGGGCUGAAGAAAGAAUUGAAGACCUCGAUAGGCAGAGGUCUAGGGUCGAAAGAGAUUGGCACCAUGCUCGGGAUGACUUGAAGCGCCUAAGGAGGACACUCAGAGAGAAAAGAAGUCGAGACCAUGCUUCUUCUAAGGCUCAUUCUCGGAGGAGUCCUAACGGAAGCUCAGCUAAGAGGGCUAAAUCUUCAAAAAAGGAAAGUCACAGUGAGAGAACACCUCAGAGGGAGGAACGCUCUGCUUUUGGAAGGGUUCAGACGACUCCAGAGCCGUUCGUCAAGCUUUAA